AUUGUACGUACACAAGUCAUAUAACAUUUUUCUUUGAAUAUGGGAAGGACCCCGUGUUGCGAAAAAGUUGGGUUGAAGAGAGGAAGGUGGACCGCUGAAGAAGACGCGAUACUUAGUGACUACAUUCAGGCUCAUGGCGAAGGCUCGUGGAGAUCUUUACCAAAAAAUGCUGGAUUAAUGAGAUGCGGAAAGAGUUGCAGAUUGAGAUGGAUUAACUACUUAAGAUCGGAUUUGAGAAGAGGUAAUAUAUCUAAGGAAGAGGAAAAUAUCAUAGCCUAUCUCCAUGCAUCUAUAGGUAACAGGUGGUCUCAAAUAGCCGCCCACUUGCCCGGGCGAACAGACAACGAAGUCAAGAACUACUGGAACUCACACCUAAGUCGGAAAAUCAUCCCAUCAAGACGACCGUCGAAUCCACCGAACAUAACCAUCCUGACGAACGUUAACAAACGCAAAGGCAGAACCAGCCGGUCCGCCAUGAAGAUCAACAAGACUUAUAGACAAUCAACUAUUCCUAACCCUAAAGUGGCUGCACCACAUGAACAACAUACAACAAAACAAACCAAUGUAAACCCAUGUGCCACUAGUUAUGAAGAUGAGAUGCUUAGCUUUAUUAACAUUUUGGAGCCAGAAAUGUUAACUAUGGCUACGGAUGGUGGCUCCAUGGGUAGUGUGGCAAAUGAGCCCGCGACAAGUGUGGUUAACGAAGGAAAAGAUGGUGUGAAAGCGGUUACUGAGCAAGUGGAGGUUGGUGGUACAAGCUCAUCAAAUGCAGAUUCAUUUGAUGAUUGGAACUGGGAUUGGGAUUUUGAUGUUGAAGAUUGUGUGUUAGGGUUAGGGGGUGAAGAAGAUGACACCAUGUUGUCAUGGCCAUGGGAGAACACUACAAUAGAUGAUGACAAAUUUCUAGGGGUAGAUGCAUGGUUUCAGUCUUAAUUAAUCAAUUCAUUAUCAUUUUAGUUUACUAGUAACUUAAUUAUGCCUGUAUAUCUACAUAGAAUAAGAUAAACUUCAUUACAGAACACUAAUUAUUGUCAAAACAAAAAGAAAAACUCUAAAUCACUAAAUCUUACAUUUGUAAC